GAAAUUAACCAUCUAAGCUGAACCUAAACUCACUCUGCCAAACUAUGUCCAUUGCCUUUACCACUCAAUUUAUCCAAGAUUUUGUAGGAGAAUUCCACUCUAGAAGGUUGCUGCUGCCAAACCCGGAAAACCACCACAAUUCUUCACAUCCUUACACUACUGCUGACAUCACCUUCAAUGGAAACCUUGUUGUUAUGGUUCUGUGGUUCCUCUUGUGUGCCUUAAUUUGCUCACUUGGAUUGAAGUCCAUCAUUAAGUGUACAUCUAGGUGCUUGUGUUUAUUGACCUCAGAAUCCGGAGGCAGCAGCACCACUGCCUCAGCUAACACAGGGGUCAAGCCAAAAGCAUUGAAUACCUUUCCAACAGUAAACUACUCCGAUGAGUUGAAACUGUCAGGGUUGGACUCUGAGUGUGUGAUAUGUCUCUCGGAUUUCGCACCGGGUGACCGGUUGCGGCUUCUACCCAAGUGCAAUCAUGGGUUCCACGUCCGUUGCAUAGAUAAGUGGCUAAGCUCCCAUUCAUCAUGCCCUAAAUGUCGUUACUGCCUCAUCGAGACAUGCCAAGAGAUUGUGGGGAGUAGAGAGGCAAGCUCGUCAGAACCACCUUCUUCACUGCAACAAACCAUUCUGACCAUACCACCCAUAGCUCCUGAAUCUUUCAUACAUAGCUAUAGGUCAAUUAGCUUAGCUUAGAUUAGCCCCUUUUCUGUUGUUGUUGGUUUAAUUGUAUCAUAUGUGUUGAAGCUUAAACAUAUAUACUAGUUGAACCCUUG